UUGCGAACCACCUGCAGCUUGCGAUGACGUCAUGACGCGGUGUUGACACAGCGUUGUUCGUUCGGGUCUAAUUUUUGAUGAUUUUGAAGGUUGUAACUGUUCUCUUGUAGCGUGGAUGACAGGCGGCGAAGUACAGAAGCGGUUUUCAUGUAGUCUAAAGAGUCCAGACGGUGUCUCCAUGGAGGUCGUGGACAGUCCGCUCAAUCUGGCUCAUCAGCAGUGCAGGAAAGCAGAGCGUUCGCUGGCAGCUGGAAAGUAUGAAGACGCCAUCUCCUGCCAUGGCAAAGCAGCUGAUCUUCUAACAGAUGCUAUGAAGAUGACAGAAUGUGAGCAGGCUCGUCUGUCCAUGGAGCUGCAGAGGGACAGUCACAUCAAGCAGCAGAGACUGAUCCAGGAGCGCUGGAAAAGAGAAGCUCGGCAUGAGGCAACAAAGGCUCGACGGGACCUGACCCAGCUGCCCUCUGGAGCCCAAAGCCAAACCAAACAGGGCACGGGCCAGCUCCAGCUGGACUCUCCCUCAGGUGCUGACAAGUGUGAAGCGGUUACGGAGAGAGAGUACGACACCUUGCUGUUCCAACUCCAGACCCGCCAGGCCGGAGGCUGCCCACCUGUCCUUCCUAUGCCCAGUUCGAAGACUACCAAAGAUGACAAAACCCGCUUGGAAGAGCAGCGAACCACCAUCGAUUAUCUGCGGCGCCUCGUUGAUCAACUGAUGGACGAGAAUCAGCGGCUGGCGGCUGAGAAUGAGCGGCUCCAGUCAGAAAAUGCUCGGCUUCGCUCCGAGGCUGCAGACUUUGUAGAGCGGUCGGAGCUCUGGGUCCUUCCACAGGCUGGUGGCACUAUUGGACCAGAAGGUGGGCAGCAGCGGAAAAGUACAGGGAAGGGGAAAGAGAUCGCAAUCCCUCAGCUUCCCCCGCUGGAGAUGCCAGCUCAGGAAGAUCUGUGCCUGGACGGCCUCCCCCCCCUGGAUUUCCCAGAGGACACAGAAGAACUCCAGGAGCUCCUUGACCGAGACAAACUGUGAUCUGUCUCUUUCUCACACACACAGCCGUGACUCUAGACUGCCUCCAAACGGAGGAGAUAUCUGUGCAGGUGCAGCAUCACACACAUGAACGUGUCCAGUCAAGCCAGAGUCCAAAAUAAGAUGUUCCCACUGAACUCAGGCACCAGAUGAAGCUUCCAGAAUCCUGUUCUUCAGAGGGUAAAGGAUUUUUUUGUUGUUCUUGUUGUUUUUAAUACCUGCAGUCACAGUCGACUCGUUGUGUACCUGCUGGACUCUGCAGACAUCCUGAAAUGACGACAUGAAGCUGAAACGUGUGUUUAGAUUAUUUCAUGAACAGGUUGAAAUGUUUUGUUGUCUCACAGACUGCUGAAGGUGGUACAAAAGUUAUUUUGAAUU